CAACCGGAGACCCUCCACACACUCCCAAUACAAAUUUGACCGAGAGAGCAACUGUGUCAUAGGCAGCUAAAAACAUCCGUGCCGGCUUUUUCCUUUGGUUUCAAGUUUUUAGUUUGGCGUGAACACUGAGACCGGGGUCAUCUGUUCUUUUAAGAUCAGUCCCAUUUCAUUCCUUCCAACAACACCACUGAUGAUGGGGUGAUUGUGCUCCUUCUACUCAACCUCACCGACAACAGUAAGAAGUCAGCUCAUCCUCCCGAUGUCAGAAGAUUCAGACUCCAAGCACUACUGCUUCUCAGUACUGGAGGACCAAGGUGGAGCUUCAGGCUGCCAAGCGUCCACUUCGUGCUGCUCCAUACCGAGAGGCCCUACUGGCUGCAGCUCUAUGGUGCAGCUGCAGCGGAUGUGCAGCUACGGCCAAAGGGGGUCCGAGCUGGGCCUGCCGUCGGAGGGCAGCGACAGUAGUGGCCAGGACCCUCCUCUCGCCAGGUCGCACAAGCUUUGCAAGAGUUCUCAGGCUUCCUCCCUACCAGAGGAAGAUGUGGCAUUUAAGAGCAGCGGGUCCAGCGGCAGCGGGACCGAGUCGCACGGCAAUGAAAGCAACGGUCACGAGUCCAUGGGCAGCUCCAACAGUAACAAAGAUUCCGCUUUGCUGGAGUCUUCUGGAAGCAAUAAGAGCUCAAACUCCCACAGCUCAUCUCCCCCCAGUAGUUCAAAUGCCUUCAGUUUGCUCAGCUCUGAGCAGGACAACCCUUCAACCAGCGGCUGCAGUAGUCAAGAGUCGGCCAAAGCCAAGACUCAAAAGGAAGUGCUGAAGACCCUGAAAGAGCUGAAGCUGUACCUGCCUGCCGAGAAAAGGCAUGGCAGCAAGUCCACCACGUUGAAUACACUCAAAUACGCCCUGCACUGCGUCAAGCAGGUGGAAGCCAAUGAGGAGUACUACCAGCUCCUGAUGACCAAUGACCGUCAACCUUCCGGCCUGGAUGCAUCGUCGUAUACCAUCGAGGAGAUAGAGAGCAUAACAUCUGAAUUCAUUCUCAAAAAUAAUGACAUUUUCGCGGUGGCCGUGUCUCUCAUCACGGGAAAGAUUGUGUACAUCUCCGACCAGGCCGCCUCCAUCCUCAACUGCAAAAGGGAUGUGUUCAACAACAGGAAGUUUGUGGAGUUUCUCAUCCCACAGGAUGUCAGCGUGUUCUACAGCUUCACUACGCCGUAUCGCUUGCCCUCCUGGAGCAUGUGCACAGGAGCUGACUCGUCGCCGUCUGACUGCAUGCAGGAGAAGUCCUUCUUCUGCCGUAUCAGUGGAGGUAAGGAGUGCAAGGGCGACCUGCAGUACUAUCCUUUCCGAAUGACUCCGUACCUGAUGAAGGUCCAAGUCGCAGCACAUGCCCAGGACCAGUUCUGCUGCCUCCUCUUGGCCGAGAGGGUUCCCUCCGGUUAUGACGCACCCCGGAUUCCAACAGACAAGCGCGUUUUCACUACGACACAUUCUCCAAGUUGCGUGUUCCAGGAUGUGGAUGAACGAGCAGUUCCUCUCCUGGGUUACCUCCCCCAGGACCUGAUUGGCACACCGGUCCUCCUCCACUUGCAUCCUAACGACAGACCCAUUAUGCUGGCCAUUCACAAAAAGAUCAUCCAAUAUGCAGGGCAGCCGUUCGAACACUCAAUACGAUUCUGCACACGCAACGGAGAGUACAUCAUCCUGGAUACUAGCUGGUCCAGCUUCGUCAACCCCUGGAGCCGCAAGGUUUCCUUUGUGAUCGGGAGACACAAAGUGCGGAUGGGCCCUGUAAAUGAAGAUGUAUUCAAGGCCCCUCUCUCUCCUGGAGCCAACACAAAGAUCAUGGACUCGGACAUCCAGGAAAUCACUGAGCAGAUCCACCGGCUCCUCCUCAGGCCGGUUUAUAACGGUGGGUCCAGUGGCUACAGGAGUCUAAACAGCACCGACCACCUCCUGGGCAUGACCUCCUCUAGCGAAAGCCUUAACAAAGGGAGCAAAUUCCAUCAAGAGGACGAUGACAAGGAGGAAGACGUGAGCAGCAAAGCCCGGCCAAGAACUUUCCAGGAAAUCUGUAAGGGAAUCCAUCUCCAGAAGCACCAGGAACAGUGCAAGAAAAUGAAUAGCGAUUCUGCCCAGAAGAGAGUCCGUACCAAGGACUUGUCCACCCUCCUGAGCCUGAAGGAAAGCGCCACGCUGAUGGAGGAAAGCAGGUCUUCUUCCCACGAGGAGAUGCCGCUCAACGACCAGACUGUCUAUUCCUACCAGCAGAUCAGUUGUCUGGACAGUGUUGUCAGGUACUUGGAGAAUUGCAAUGUCCCCUUCGCUCUGAAGAGAAAAUACCAAUCCUCCAGUAACACCACGUCAUCUGAGGACAAAUGCAAAAUCGGCACCACAAUGCAAGCUUCUCGAGAACCAGCCUUGUUGAAGGAUCAGUCCAGUCUCUCCACUUUGGAAGAUCCAGAUAAAAAGUCCAGUGACUCUGCCAGAGCGGUAGUGGGCACUUCGCUGCCCCUUCCUUUACCUAACAAACCAGAAAGUGUGGUGUCCAUCACCAGCCAGUGUAGCUAUAGUUGCACCAUAGUGCAUGUUGGGGACAAGAAACCUCGGCAAGAAUCAGAGAUCGCAGAGGAUGUGUCAGGGGCGAGCGAGGCAGCAGAAUGCAGCCACAACCCGGCACAGGGGGCUCCGUCUUGGGCCGUUUCGCCUCGGGACCAAGAAAGGGAGUCAUACAGAAAACUGGGUUUGACCAAGCAGAUUUUGGCAGCCCACACGCAGAAGGAGGAGCAGGCCUUCUUGUUUCGCUUCAAGGAACUUCCCAGGCUCACUGCCCUCAAAGCCAACUGCUCGCAGUACUUGGCGCGCCAGAGGGAAAAGACGAGCAACAACGCUGCCCAGCGUGGGAAGAAAAGCAGUCCUGGGGCUGAGCCCAACAUGGCGCGGCGCGGUGUGCGCAACAAGAAGACCAAAUCCAAGCGAGCCAAGCAGACCGAGUCCUCGGACAGCACCGCAUCUUAUCCGAGACACCACCAAAUGCGAGGCCCCCUCCUUAACCAAGGCCUUAACCCCACGUCCUGGUCCGUUUCCGACACAUCCCAGUCCAUUUUCCCCGUAGCCUACCCUGGCUACCCUCUCCAGGUUGUCCCCAGAGACACUCCUGUAGUGCCCCGUUUGCACGCCCCUCUGCAAGGCUUUGGUGACAAUCAUGGGGAUCCUCCUUGCCCACCAGGGGUCCCUCAUUCCCCAUACACCACACCGAUGGUUGCCCCCAUCAUGGCUCUGGUGCUGCCUAACUACUGUUACCCACCCCUGAGUACCGGGCCUCCACAACUGGCGUACCACCCAGAGACUGCCAGUUUCCCCAUCCAGGUCCAACCUUACGCCCACCCCACCAUUCCAGGACCGGCAACCUUAAUGACUCAAGCCCCGUUCAACCCCCAGAGCCCCUUUACCCCUCAAGUGGACUGUUUGGCGUCGUCAUUCUACUUCCCCCCGAUGACUUCGGAAGCCCUCAAGGCCCCGGAGGGGGGCCAGUCUCGUGCCUCCACGCCGCAGUCCGCUUCGCUGCCGCUGUUUCAGUCCCGCUGCAGUUCCCCUCUGAACCUCCUGGAGUUGGAGCUUACUGGGGACCGACAGGAUGGUACGACAUUGCCCCCCGGAGGACAAGGCGGCAACGCGGCCGAGCAGGAGAAAGCGGCAGUUGGGGGCAAAGCCAAAGAGCUGAAUCAGCCAUCGCUCAGUCUCCUUGGUCCACCUGGACCGUUGUAUUACGAGGGCACGAUCCAUGUCUGUGAGCGUUUGUCUUGGAAUAAAGGCAUAUUCUCUUCUAGGCUGAGGGUUUACAGCAGCGAGGCAAGCUCUCACGGCAACAAUAGCGACGACAACUCGUCCUCCAGCGACAUGCUGGACAUCAUCCUGCAGGAGGACUCGUGUUCGGGCACCGGCUCGGCUACCUCAGAGUCCAUGCGCUCUCGCUCCAACGGCUGCGGGACUUCAGCCAGCAGGACGUCCAACAGUGGAGCUUCGGCGAGCAGGAUCUCCGGAAGUGGGACGGGUAGCAACAGCAGCAAAUACUUUGGCAGCGUGGACUCGUCGCAGAACAGCCAGAAGGUGAAAGGUCACUCGAGCAGCAGCGAGAUGGAGCAGAGCGAGCGCUUCGUCAACUGCGUCCUCCGGGACCCCGUGUGGCUCCUGAUGGCCAAGGCGGACGACGAAGUCAUGAUGACCUAUCAGCUACCCUCACGCGACAUCCAGAAGGUUCUCAAGGAGGACCGUGAGAAGCUGAGGCUGAUGGAGAAGAGCCAGUCGAGGUUCACGGAGGAGCAGAACAAGGAGCUGAUGCAGGUGCACCCCUGGAUGAAGAAGGGAGGGCUGCCCAAGGUCCUCGAUGUCAAGGUGUGCUCCUGUUGUGACGGCGCCAUCCACGCGCCAAACACGGACGACCUGCCGGACUUGGAUCUGGUCGAGAACGAUCCCGUGGUGGAGGCGGGCUGCCAAAGGACCCCCAAAGAGGAUCCCUCCUUUUUCAUUCCAAAAUAAGUCUCUGCUUCUUGCUGUUAAGACUUUGAAUGCCUCAUCAUUUUUGUACUGUUGUUUUUUUUUUAAACCCUCCUCUUGUUAUGGGUCAUUUUUUUUUCUUUCAAUGUUAAAAAUAAAGGUCCUGUUUUUGUUUA